AUGUCCGCCAGUGAAGACGAAGGUAGUGCUGCUGGAGGCCCAGCUGGAGGUACAGUUGCUGCUGCUGCUACGCCAUCCACGUUUGCAAUCGAACCAUUCGACAAAAAUAAAUCGAAAUGGUCCCGCUGGGUGAAACGAUUUGAACGAGCGCUGGAGAUUUUUGGCAUUGGACGACCAAAGAGGAAGAGUAUGCUGCUUCACUUUAUGGGGAUUGAAAUCUACAAUGUACUUUGCGACCAUUUGUCACCUGACGAACCUGAAGAUAGAACGUAUGCCGAAAUAGUUACGUUGCUAGAACAGUAUUUCGAUCCGGAACCAUUGGAGAUGGUUGAGCUGUGGAAAUUUCGCCAACGGAUGCAGCGAGAUGGUGAAACCGUGGCGGACUAUGUAACGGCGUUGCAGCGGGAUGCGAAAUAUUGUGGUUUUGGAGACUAUUUACAAAAUGGAUUACGGAACCAGCUGGUGUUUGGUCUACACAACCAGCGAAUUCGAACCCGGUUGAUUGAAGAGAAGGGCCUGACAUUUGAAAAAGCUAAACAGAUUGCGCUUUCUAUGGAGGCCUCUGGUGAAGGUGCAGAAGUUCUGAACCGACGGAUGCAAGAAGUCCACUUGGUAGAUAAGAGGAAACCAAGAAGAGACGCAGCUACUACUCCAGCUGCUAAGGUAACUAAUCCCACUAACAAGUGUAUGUGUUUCCGUUGCGGAAGUGAGGCACAUUUGGCUGACAAGUGUGAGCACAAAAAUAAAAUUUGCGGCCUGUGUAAGAAAAAAGGGCACUUGAAACGGGUGUGCCUCAGCUCCAGUGCUAAAUACCGACAACUCGAUGAUAAUAAGAACAGGUCAAAGAAACAUGCAACGAAUCUUGUAGAAAAUAAUGAAGGGUCGGGAACAGAAUGCUCAGACGAAGAUGGUGUUUAUGUACUUGAUGUCUGUAAAGUGGGAAAUAAGUUCGAUAAUUUGUCGAAGAUUUAUCUUAGGAUUAAAGUAGAAAAAUCUAUAAUUAAGUUUGAGGUGGACAGUGGUUCACCAGUAUCGUUGAUCAGCAGCACUGAUAAGGACAAGUAUUUGAGCAAUUUAUCAUUACAACCGACGGAUAUCGAGUUGCGAAGUUAUUGUGGGAACAAAAUCGGGGUUCUCGGUGUUAUCGAAACAAAAGUGCUGUACGGAGACAAAGAUAAUCAUUUGCGUUUGUUCGUAGUUGAGGGUAAACGACAUCCGUUGCUAGGGCGCGAAUGGAUGCGAUCUUUAAGUUUGGACUGGAAUGAUAUUCUGGGGGGUUCGGUGAACUCUGUUGACAAAAUUACGUUACAUCCUCCUCGUCCGACAGCGGUCAAAAGAUUGAUAGAUGAAUUUUCCUCUGUUUUCGACAACUCGAUUGGCAAAAUCGAGGGCAUUCAAGCUGCGUUACACUUAAAAGCAAAUUCAAAACCUGUGUUCCUUAAGGCUCGCACACUACCAUUUUCGAUCCGUGAUGCUGUAGAAAAGGAAAUUAAAACGUUGGUUGAAAGUGGCGUCCUACUGAAGGUUGAUCGAAGUGAGUGGGCUACACCGGUCGUUCCGGUUAUGAAAUCUGGUGGAAAAAUUCGUUUGUGCGGUGACUACAAGCUCACACUCAACAAAAGUUUGCUGAUCGAUGAACAUCCCUUACCAACCAUCAACGAAAUGUUUGCUAACAUGGCUGGAGGACAAAAAUUUUCCAAAUUGGACUUGUCUCAAGCUUAUAUGCAGAUGUCUGUCAAACAAGAGGAUCAAUUUAUGCUAACUUUGAACACACACCUGGGUCUCUUUCAACCAACGAGGUUGAUGUAUGGAGUGGCAUCUGCUCCUGCUAUCUUUCAGAGAGAGAUAUCUCAGAUUCUGCAGGGAAUACCGGGAGUUACAGUUUUCCUCGACGAUGUGAAAGUUACCGGCCCCGAUGAUGAAACACAUUUGCGUCGGCUGCGGGAAGUUUUGAGGAGAUUACAUGAACACAAUAUGCGUGUGAAUGCAUCGAAAUGCGAAUUUUUCUCGGAUAGUAUUGAGUACUGUGGAUAUGUUAUCGAUCGACAAGGAAUUCACAAGAUGCAGAAAAAGAUUGAUGCUAUCCAGAUGAUGCCGCGUCCAGAGAAUCGCGAACAAGUUCGUGCUUUCUUAGGUCUAGUGAACUACUACGGUAGAUUCAUGAGGAAUCUGAGUACGAAACUAUACCCAAUCAACAACCUGUUGAAAGACAAAACCCCAUUUGUGUGGACAACAGCUUGUGAAGAAGCUUUUUUAUGGGUGAAAAGAGAGAUGCAGUCCGAAAGUUUGCUUGUACACUAUGACGUGAACCUACCGUUGUUGUUAGCUACAGAUGCCUCACCAUACGGUGUCGGGGCGGUACUGAGUCAUCUUUAUCCUGAUGGUAGCGAGCGUCCCAUCCAGUAUGCCUCGCAGACGCUCAACGCUACUCAGCAAAGAUACAGUCAGAUCGACAAAGAAGCGUACGCAAUUAUCUUCGGAGUGCGUAAAUUCUAUCAAUAUCUUUUUGGACGAAAGUUUGUCUUGAUUACCGACAAUAAACCGGUAGUACAAAUAUUUUCACCAAGCAAAGGCCUGCCAACACUCUGUGCAUUGCGUAUGCAGCAUUACGCCGUUUUCCUCGAGUCAUUCGACUUCGAAAUUCAUUACUGUGCCUCAAAGGACCAUGGAAACGCAGAUGGAAUGUCUCGUCUUCCGGUUCCUGAUAGGAGCAAUCGCAAUGUGGUAGAGGAAGUUGAUAUUGUUGAAAUCAAUCAAAUCGAAACACUUCCGGUAAACACAAAAGAGCUAGGAGAGUAUACUAUGGCGGAUAAGAGUGUCAAAGAGUUGAUCCAAGCCUUGAAGGCAGGUAGAGCUAUACAGGGUUGCCACAGGUUUGGAAUCGAACAAAACGAAUUUGGAAUGCAAGGUUCGUGUUUAAUGCGGGGGAUUCGAGUUUAUGUGCCCCCAUCUCUCCGAGGUCGUGUUCUCAACGAGUUACACUCUGGUCAUUUUGGAAUAUCUCGAAUGAAGUCACUGGCCAGAUCUUACUGCUGGUGGGAAAACAUUGACCGAGACAUAGAGGAGAUAGCUCGGAACUGUGUGGACUGUGCUCGUGCUAAAGCAAGUCCAGCUAAGGUGCAAAUUCACUGCUGGGAACAACCUUCUGAACCAUUCCAGAGGAUUCAUGCUGACUUUGCCGGACCGUUUAUGGGACUGUAUUUCCUUGUUAUCGUAGAUGCACAUAGCAAGUGGCCGGAAAUAAAAAUCAUUCCGGACUUGACAACCUCAACUACUAUCGAAAAGAUGAGGGAGUAUUUCGCUACUUUUGGAUUACCGUCGAUUUUAGUUACGGAUCGAGGAACACAAUUCACGUCGGAUCAGUUUCAGCACUUCCUGAAGAAAAAUGGUAUCGUGCACAAAAUGGGAGCACCGUACCAUCCCGCAACAAACGGACAGGCGGAGCGUUAUGUUCAAACGUUCAAGGACAAAAUCAAAGCACUAAAGUGUUCACGAUCUGACGUUCAAAAGGAAUUACAACAGAUGCUGAUGGCCUAUCGGAGAACCCCGCACCCUGCUACAGGAAAAAGCCCAUCCUUGAUAGUUUUUGGACGACAAAUCAAAUCUAGGAUUGAUCUAAUGAUUCCCAGUGAACAAAAAUUGAGCAAUUUUUCUCGAGAGGGAGACAAACCGGUACGUUCGUUUUCGGUUAACGAUAGAAUUGCUGCACGAGAUUAUACAUCUCUUUCGGAGAAGUGGAGAUUCGGUGUUGUUGUAGAAAAAGUAGGAAAACUUCACUACAUGGUCCAGUUAGAUGACGGCAGAAUGUGGAAACGCCAUAUUGACCAACUCAGACAAGGACCCAUUCUUCAAGAGAGGCAUCCAGAAAUUCGAAACACUACUCAUAUUCAGCGGUCCCGUAACAGUUCAAGCCCAUCACGUUAUUAUAAGUUUCCCGAUCCAGUAAAAGUAGAACUUGAGGAUACUGAUGAUGAUGUUGCUCGGAAUACAGAAUCUCCUACCGAAUCCGAUCACAUCGGACAAAAUACACCCCUCAGUGCUGCAAUAAAUGAUACAGGUACAGAACCGAGUCUUAUAGAUAAGCAUGUAGUAGAUCCUAAGCUAUUAACUGAACCCGCAAGGGGCUCUGUUCGAAGAUCUUUUAGAGAUAGGAAACCCCCACGUCGAUUGAACUUGUAA